UGCCGCUUCCGCAGCAGCAGCUCCACCGCACACGUCCUGAUUUCUCCAUCACUUUAUUUUUAAAGGAGCGAUUUUCCCCCCCUGAAGGCGGUUUGUACGCGACUCUCCGCUGCGCACAAUCACAGCUGGAGCGUCGUCACCCCGCAUCGCCGCCGCUUCUCCCCGGUGGUCCGGGACACCUUUGAGGGGUGACCCCACUCUGAUCCAGCCUGCGAGUCUGACUGUCGACACAACUCCUCACUUGAAGUUGUGGCUUUUGAAGCGUGGAGGAGAGAGUGAAGAAGCCGGGAAGGUCAAGUUUGAGCGGGACAGUCGCACUGGAGGGGAGUCGCGAUGGCGGUGCCGGUGAAAGACGCGCUGGUUCUCCUGGUUCUCACCCUGGCAGCUGCCUUGUGCGCCGACGUGGAGGAGCAGCUGGUCAAUCAACUCCUGUCAGCUGACCGCUACAACAAGCUGAUCAGACCGGCGGUCAACAACAGCCAGCAGGUCACCAUCUACAUCCAGGUGUCCCUGGCUCAGCUCAUCAAUGUGAAUGAGAGGGAGCAGAUCAUGACCACCAACUGUUGGCUCUCUCAGGUGUGGAAUGACUACAGACUAAUGUGGAACCCUGAAGACUAUCAAGGCAUCAAGAAAAUCCGCCUUCCAUCGCAGCACAUCUGGCUACCGGACAUCGUCCUCUACAACAAUGCUGAUGGGACCUACGAGGUCUCCUUCUACUCCAACGCUGUGGUCUCCAACAACGGGGAGGUGAACUGGCUCCCCCCUGCCAUCUACAAGUCAGCCUGCAAAAUCGAAGUCCGCGACUUCCCCUUCGACCAGCAGAACUGCACCCUCAAGUUCCGCUCCUGGACUUAUGACCACACUGAGAUCGACCUCAUCCUCCUCAGCGACUACGCCAGUCGGGAUGACUUCAAACCCAGCGGCGAAUGGGACAUUGUCUCGCUGCCAGGCCGUAAGAACGAAGACCCCAACGACAUCCGGUACUUGGACAUCACGUACGACUUCAUCAUCAAGCGGAAACCUCUGUUCUACACCAUCAACCUCAUCAUCCCCUGCAUCCUCAUCACCUCCCUGGCCAUCCUGGUCUUCUACCUCCCGUCAGACUGUGGCGAGAAAAUGACUCUGUGUAUUUCUGUCCUCCUGGCUCUGACUGUGUUCCUGCUGCUGAUCUCAAAGAUCGUCCCUCCGACGUCAUUGGCGGUGCCUCUGAUCGGGAAGUACCUGAUGUUCACCAUGGUGCUGGUCACCUUCUCCAUCGUCACCAGCGUCUGCGUGCUCAACGUCCACCACCGCUCGCCCAGCACUCACACCAUGCCGCCGUGGGUCAAGCGUUUCUUCCUCUACCGCCUCCCAUCCUUCCUCUUCAUGCGGCGACCUGGAAGCUCCAACAUCAGGGAGAAGUUUCGCAAGAAGUACCAGCAGCAGAAGUUGCGUGGCAUGGACAGCGGGAGCGGGUGCUCCGGAGGCUUGGCGGACUCCUCCUCAACCUUCUACAUCAACGAGGAGUCGGCCAAACAUUACGGCUGGAAGAUCAGCGACUCGUCUGAGAACACAGAGAUCAGGAGGAGAUCGACGCUCAAGUGCAACAUCGACAUGGAGGACGCUGUUGAUGGUGUGCGCUACAUAGCCGAUAAGAUGAAGAGCGAAGAUGAUGAUGAAGGGAUCAUUGAGGACUGGAAGUACGUGGCCAUGGUCAUCGACCGUCUCUUCCUCUGGAUCUUUGUGUUCGUGUGUGUGGUGGGAACGCUCGGCCUCUUCAUGCAGCCGCUCUUCCAGAGCUACAACACGCCGGUGGUUGAGGACAUGGAUCAAAACUGAAAACCUUUACCUCAACAUGAACGCAAGUCAAGCGCGUGUCUCUCAGCCGAACUCUGGUGAAAACACUCACUUGAGUAUGAACAUAAUGGACUGCUCCUGCACCCGCUCCUACUUUUCUUCAGCUCCUCCCCUCUUCAGCCUUCUGCUCAAGUCUUCAUUUAUAAAGCACUUUUCAUACAAAGUGGUUCGCAUGAAUGAAAGGAAACACAGAUCUACUCCCCUUGUUGCCCCCACAACAACCAGAAACACAUUUAAACACAUCACUAUGAAUUCAAAUCCAACACUUGAAAAAUAAGUAAACAAAAAGGGAUUCACCUCAAAUAUAUUUAAAUUAUUAAAGUCAUAAAAACACAGCAAAAAUGUAUGAAAUCUAGAUAUUUAAUGUUUAAAAUAUGUAUAGCAAAUGUAUGGAAGCCUUCAGUUAUUUAACAUCAGCACUCUUCCCCCAUCGAACGCGGUGCGAAAGCUGGACGCAACAUUAUUAAUAAAUGUUUACGCCAUUUAUGUUGUGGUGUUUCGGUCACUGAUAAAUUAUUUUUAUGCCUUUCAUGUGUCAUGAUCACAGUGUAGGUAAAAAACAAACAAACAUAGUGACCGAUCUGGAUUGCAUUCCUUGAAAGGAAGGUCAAUUACGAGUAUAAGAGCUUUGUCUGUUGUAGUGCAUUAUGGGACUUGU